AGGAGCAGUCGCCAAAAGCAAGAAUACGACGACCCCACGAUCCUUAUCACACUCUUAUCAUUUCCCCUCAUCGAUUUCGCUGGAAAUCGUCACUGUCGUCAGGUUUUCACCUUUCGUCAUUCUACUCUAGAAGAUACUGGUGAUUGAAGGCAUAAAGAGAUACACUGGCAGAAAAACACAGCCAAUAUCAGGUUUUUAUAUUGAAGAUCAAUCAUGCGGGACUCUACGCCCACCGUCGUCGACGCAUCGCUCGCAGACGAAACAGCCAGCGAAACAAAGAGCAAAUGGACUGCUGAAUCACUUCUUCGUCGAGCAGAGCACUCGCAUCGUCGGCUGCCGGGGAUCCGCAAGAUUCCUUUGCCAGCAAUUGCAAUCAUCCUGUUUGUUGCGUUCAUGAACGUUGUCGUGUGGAUUGCUGCUGCGAUUGUGCUGAGAUACUAUCCCUCACUAGUCUCGAAUGCGGUUCUGGCAUAUACAUUGGGCCUGCGCCAUGCGUUUGACGCCGACCAUAUAUCGGCAAUUGACUUGAUGACUCGAAGAUUACUGGCAACCGGCCAGCAGCCUGUCACCGUUGGGACGUUCUUCUCCCUCGGACACUCAACCAUUGUCAUCAUCACAUCCAUCGUCGUAGCGGCUACCGCUGCGGCGGUAUCGUCGCGCUUCGACAGCUUCAGCACCGUCGGCGGGAUCAUUGGGACCUCGGUCAGCGCCGCGUUCCUGAUCCUGCUGGGCCUGAUGAAUUUUUACAUUCUGUACAAGCUCUACAAGCAGAUGCAGAAGGUGCUGAAUCUGCCUGAAGGGCAGGAGGAUGAGGCGUGGAAGGUCGAGGGCGGGGGUGUGCUGUUCAAUAUGCUCAAGCGCAUGUUCAAGUUGAUCAAUCGAUCUUGGAAGAUGUACCCCUUGGGUAUCCUCUUCGGUCUUGGUUUCGACACCUCCUCUGAGAUAGCCCUGCUUGGGAUCUCGUCUAUAGAAGCUGCUCGCGGGACGGACUUUUGGGUCAUUCUGAUCUUUCCCAUUCUUUUCACCGCUGGAAUGUGUCUUCUGGACACAACCGACGGAGCUCUGAUGCUCUCGCUCUAUAUCCAACCAGCCGCCAACUUCCUCCCGCCCAAACGCGACAGCACCUCGUCCGAGACGCCCCUGAUCCUCGGCGAGGACCAUGAAAUGGGACCGUCCCAGAACCACCGCGACCCCGUCGCCUUCCUGUACUACUCCAUCGUGCUCACUCUCCUGACAGUCGUCGUCGCCAUCGUCAUCGGCAUUAUCCAGCUCCUCACCCUUGUGCUAAACGUCGCCGAACCCACCGGGAGAUUCUGGGACGGCGUGCAGACAGCAGGCGACUACUACGAUGUCAUUGGCGGAGGAAUCUGCGGAUGCUUCCUCAUCGUGGGCAUUUUCAGCGUGGUGCUCUACAAGCCCUGGCGGAGGUGGAUCGCGAAACGGCAUGGGAAGAGCGCCGGGGCGGAUGAAGAAGGUUCGGGAUCUCGGGAUGAGCUGCCUCCUGCUGACGGCGAGAGAGCUGUUCUGAAUGAAGAGAACAAUGCCUCCACCUCUAUUGCCAGUUAUGGGGCUGUAGGCAAGGGCGCAACAUCGCAGAGCCCUGACGGACUCGACUUUUCCUCCCUGCCACCUAUCUUCGUCCUCGCGACACACCUCGAGCUAGACGCUCUGCACCAAAUUGAAGAGGACCUCGUGAAGCGCGGCGCGCGCUUGACGUACGAUGUCUCCGAAGCAAGACUCGUUCUUGGACGGAUCGGCCAGAAGAAGCGAGCGGCUUUGGAGCUGCGGUCCAGAGGCGUCUGGACCGAGGAGGUCUCUAUCUCUGCCUCUGGGUCUGCUCCUCUGCGGACGAGCCCUGAGCCGCCUGUGAAGAGGCGGCGGGUUGAUGUGGUUCAGCCCGGUAAACAACCUGCUGCGCAGCUAGAUGAUAUUGACCUCGCUACGGAGACAGAGGAUGAGGAAGAUGGCAUGCGGAGCUUGCAUGAUACACGGAGCCAUCUGCGCCGGCCGAGGUCGGUGUCUCCCGAUACGGGGGAUGUGGUGACGGUGGUCAAGCUGGACUGGUUCUAUGAAGUCCUGAGGACUGGCACGCUCGUGCCCCUGGGCCCGUUUGUGGUUUACCGAGGCCGCAGGACUGCGCAGCCUGCGUCUGAAGCCAGCGCGGACACGUCGAAAGGAAUCCUGGAGCGGGCGAAGCAAGAUGCCAUGGCCAGGCCCUCGGCUGGACCUCCUCCCACCAGUCGAUUCGCAUCCCGUCGCUCACGAGAACCGCACGACGGCCCAUCCAGCCAGGGCCACCCACCCAAGCUAUACCGACAGACGACCUCCGAGCACGACGAAGCGGUCCCCCUACCCCCACCCCCCGACUGGGUCAAGAACCAUGUCAUGUACGCCUGCAUGCGGUCUGCACCGCUCCACCCGCCCAACGAGACGUUCAUCACGCAGCUUGUCAAGAUCCGCAAGAUUCGCGAGCUCACGCUCGACGAGAUCGGCGUCCGCGCCUACAGCACCUCCAUCGCCUCACUCGCCGCCUACCCGUACCAGAUCCGACGGCCCUCCGAGAUCCUCACCCUCCCCGGCUGCGACUCCAAGAUCGCCGCCCUCUUCGCGGAAUUCAAAGCCAGCGAGCACGGCACCCUUGCCGCCGCCGACGCCCUCGACACCGACCCAGUCCUCAAAACCCUGCACCUCUUCUGGAACAUCUGGGGCGUGGGCGCCAAAACCGCCCGCGACUUCUACUACAAGCGCCAAUGGCGCGACCUCGACGACAUCAUCGAGCACGGCUGGGACAGCCUGUCCCGCGUGCAGCAGAUCGGCCUGAAAUACUACGACGAGUUCCUGCAGGGCGUGCCCCGCCCGGAGACGGAGGCCAUCGCCGCAACCAUCACCAAGCACGCUAACCGCGUCCGCCCGCACGCGGCCUACGACGGCCGCGGUGUCGAGUGCGUCAUCGUCGGCGGCUACCGGCGCGGCAAGGAGCUAAGCGGCGACGUCGACCUCGUCCUCUCGCAUCGCGACGAGUCCGUCACCAAGCACCUGGUUGUGGAUCUUGUUGCUAGCCUUGAAGCAGAGGGCUGGAUCACGCAUACCCUCGCUCUGCACAUGACGACCUCGAACCGCGAGCAGCAGCCGCUUCCCUUUCGCGGUGAUGACACGGGACGACACUUUGACUCGCUGGAUAAAGCACUUGUCGUCUGGCAGGAUCCGCAUUUCGAGGACAGCGAUGAGACUCCCGCCGAGAGUGGCGGAGACACCACCCCAGAAGGAGGAGAAAGACAGCGCAGAAAACGCAACCCCAACGUCCACCGCCGGGUGGAUAUCAUCAUCUCGCCGUGGCGGACCGUCGGGUGCGCCGUGCUGGGCUGGUCUGGCGAUACGACCUUCGAGCGGGAUCUGCGGCGGUACGCCAAGAAGGCGCACGGGUGGAAGUUCGACUCGAGCGGGGUGAGGGAGCGGACGAGCGGCGGGCAGGUGAUUGAUCUGGAGCGCGGCGGGGAGACCUGGGAGGAGAGGGAGAGGUUAGUGCUUGAGGGGUUGGGGGUGGGUUGGAGGCCUCCGCAGGAGAGAUGUACGCGAUAG